CUCGCGCGGCCCGGAAGCUGCUUUCGGGGAAGGGGGCGCCGCGCCUGCCGGACCCUCCGUCUCCCUCCCGCGGGAAGCGCCCCGAGGGAGGGCGGCGGCCGGUGCGGAGCAGGUGGAGGAGGAGAGCCAGGCCUCGCAGGGCUGCUGCCCAGUUGCUCCCUUGGCCUGAGGGGACAUCGUGGAGGUCUGCACGCAGAACCGAGCCGGAGCCCGUGAUGGUGGGCGCCAUCCCCCGGCAGCCACGUCGCUUCUGGGGAGUGCCGGGGUGGCAGGUGUCCCCUGCCAGCUUCUCCAGUCACCGUCGGCCGCUGCAGCAGGAGAACAAGCCAGCCAGGGGACGGGACGCCGUGCAGUGGGAUGUGGCUGUGCAGCCCACUUCCUAGCAGGGGACUCGGCCGGACGCCCUGACCACGCGGCACUUUAGCGCCUGUCCUGCCCCUCAGCCCCAUGAGGCACCUCAGUGCUGAGCCCGGACUUCCCCACGAGCAGAGCACAGGCCUGAGCCAGGAGCAGCAGCAGGAAGAUGAGGAGGAGGAGGAGGAGGAAGAGAAGCAGCAGCAGCAGGCCUGGAAGCAUCAUGGCCUCCAGAUGGGCUGCAGUCCGCCAGAGCUGGGCAGCCAGAAGGUCUACCAGGUCUCCAUCUUCUCUCCCCGGGGCGGCGGCUCUGCCCUCCCGCAGCAGAGGGGGCCCCGACGGCAGCCCAUCAAGCGGGCCUGCCUGGAGCCCCGGUGGGUGGCCGAGGGCGGCGAGUGGGAUGCCAAGAGGGGCCACUGGGGGAGGGAGGAGGAGGAGGAGGAGGCGGCCAUCGAGGACGGGCUGUUGGUGGACGGGCUGGCCCUCGGGGGCGCCGCCCAGCACUUCUCCCACAGCGGCCUGCAAGUCGUAGAGCACCGGCAGGAGGUCAGUCCCGGCCAGCGCGGAGGCCGGGAGCCCAGAGCUGCUGAGGGCCGGGGGGCGGCCCUGCCGGCGCCUGGCAGGCUUUGCGCCACUUUGCACACGAGAGACUCGGCCCCCGUCUUGUGGGGGGAGCAGCCCGCCAUGGACUCCAGGCCAGAAGAGAACGGGGGGCCCCGUUUCCCCCACGAUCACGAUUUGCACAGCCCUGCACCCCCGUCCCCCCCGCCAGGGCAGCCGCUCCAGGAGGCCCAGGCGCCCAACACUCCACCGGAGGCCCCCAGCCUCAGCGCCAACGGGCUAUGCUCGGCCGAGAAGACGCCCUGCUCCAGCGGCCAGCUCUCGGGAGGCGGCCCUGCCAGCUGCCCGGCCAAGAGGAAGCUGCUGCCCUCGGUUGAAGGGAGGGCAGCCGCCGGCCUGGAGGAAGAGAGCCUUCUACCAGCACGCAAAAAGAGGGCCCUGCAUUCUCCCACCGUGCCAGCCUCCUGCCGCAGCACUGAUGCCAAGGGCGCCCCCUUCUGGAACCACCUGCUUCCCGCAGCCAAGGGCUCAGCAAGCGGCAGGACUGGGGCGUCUCCAUUGAAAGCGGGGCUGCACCUCAAACCCAGGAGGAGGCAGCUGCGCAGCAGUCCCGGAAAGGCCCUCGUGGCCAGGCGGCCCCCCACCACCUCCACCAGCCACGCCCUUCUGGGGAAUUUUGAGGAGUCGAUGCUGAAGGGGCGUUUCCCGCCCUCCGGCCGGAUCGAAGGCUUCACCGCAGAGAUCGGGGCCAGCGGAUCUUACUGCCCGCAGCAUGCCACCCUCCCUGUGGAGGUCACCUACUUCGACAUAGCCGAGCACAACGCCCCCUCCCCGUUUCUGGGAGUCAUUGACUUGGAAGCCUUGGGAAAGAAGGGGUACAGCAUCCCCAGAACGGGCACCAUCCAAGUGACCUUAUUCAAUCCCAACAAGACGGUGGUCAAAAUGUUCCUGGUCACCUACGACUUCCAUGACAUGCCAGCCAAUCACCUCACCUUCCUGCGCCAUCGCAUCUUCCUGGUGCCAGUGGGCGAAGGGGAGGCCCCCGGCUCGGACCCCGCAGGGCAGCCCAAGCGCAUCCUCUGCUACCUGAUACACCUGAGGUUCCAGAGUUCGAAGUCAGGGAAGAUCUACCUGCACGACAACAUCCGGCUGCUCUUCUCGCGCAAGUCGAUCGAGAUGGACUCCGGGAUCCCUUACGAGCUGAAGUCCUUCACGGAACUGCCGGGCAACCCCUGCUACUCCCCCCGAGCCUGAAAGGAGGGGGGCGGGAGGGCAGCCCUUGGCCCAAGCCGAGGAGGCGCAGGGGGGGGGGGGCUGCAGAUGCUUCCGUGCAGCGGCCGGUCGCCACUCUGGAGCAGGGAGAGCCGUGCCUGGCCCAGAGCUGCGUUUUACUCACUGGAUCCAGCCCAGCCGGGAUCACAAAUGCAGCACAUCUCAACCUCUCGUUUUGGUGGCUGGUACAAUUCUGUGCAGGAGGCUGGGGAGAAAGGGAAGGAGGAGGAGGAGGGGGGGCAGGUGUUGGCUCUGGUGGGCGGGCAGGGUGCAUAGGCAUUUGGGCCAUUGAGAGGCAUGUACAGAACCAGGACUUUGUGGGGGAGGGGCUCGUUUUAGGGAUCAAGCUGGGUCACCCACAGGGGAGGCUUUGGGGCCCAUCCAAGCUAGCAUAGCGGAAGGGAGCUGAAGGCAGCACUGCAGGGGGAACAGAUCAAGCGUAACUGCUCUCCUUCCCCAGGAAGCCAUGAAAGCUGUAACUCUCCCAGGAGACAGGUAUCUUUCCUCCCAGCUGCUGCUUUAGGCUCCCUUCUCCUCCCCUGGACUAGCCGUACAAGACCAGGCCGUAGGGUCACCUGGGGAGGCUCAUGCUGGCCUCUCAGUCCCUAGCUCUGGUCCACACACUGAGUGUGUGUGUGUGUGUGACCAAAAGAGAAUUCAGUCAGUCUUUGGAGAUAGGAGGCAGGGUUUGCAAAUCAGUGUCAGUUUUUGCUUUGUCUGGGACCUGAACUAUCACCGCCCUGGGGUCCUUCUGCUGAGGGCACCAAUCAAGCUGGAGAUGGUAAGGCACAAGGAGCUGUUUGAGGGGUCCAUGGAUAGCUCUGAGUCUGUCUGUUUGAGCGGCACCAGUUUAGAAGAGAGGAAGCCUUGCUGUGAAGCCCGGGCCUUUUUUGGGGGGGGGGGGGCAGUUCUCCCUGUCCCCACCCAAGCAUUAUUUUCCCCUGGUAUUAUUUUGGUUUGGGUUGCAUCUCCUACAUUGUUCUCUGGAGGGAGCAGGUGUGAUGAAAGGGGCUACAAUUACAGAGACUUGAAAAUAUUUAUAUUUAAAAGGAAAGAGGGACAGGCAGAAAUGUAUGGAAUACUUUCUCCCUUCUCUUUCCUCUUUUUUUGGAACAGAAAAAAAAUCUAUAAAUGUGUGUUUGGAAAACGUU